UGAACAUGAAACCAACUUCAUCACAUCUCUGCUGCUGAGAGGCUGAUGGCGGGCUGUCUGAGAGCUACACAGGUCUGUGGAGGUUUACUCAAGAAAAAGACUAAUUUCUGCUUCAGCAGCUAAAAACGGUGUGGAUACUGAACUGUUAGAGAUACCCUCGCUGUAGCAGCAGAAUUUAAGGUUUUAACGGUCCUCAAAGUUGCUCAGAGAACCGAUUUGCUGACCAGCGUCGGCGGAUCAGAAUAUGAAAGCGGUUAAGAACGAGAUGUGAAGAGUUGAGCACUUCCGUGUUCGCUCGGCAGAGGUUGCUGCUAACUCGGAUCUUCUUGGGGUUUGUCGUCUUUGAAUAAUUUUAGCAGUUUUGAAACGCUAGAAAUCACUAGUUCGUAAGUUAACAGCAUCAUAUCCUUAAAAAGGCAAUGCUCGGUAAGAACGUACUGGUGAAAAAGCUAAUGUUAAUGUCUGAUAUAACGUUCGCGUGUAUCAUCAUGACAGAAAUAUGAUUUGAUAAACUAUGGAUGGAUCAAUUACGCAUUUUAUUUAUGAUUAUGUAACACUGGUGGCGAUGGUUUCGUACAAAACAAAAUCUUGAAUCUACUUUCUAGAAAAAUCACGUUUUCAACUGUAUGUGGCGUUCAAGGACUCCUCGGAGUUCAUAGAGUUAAAGUUCGACCGUCUCUUGUGUGUGUCAGCGUUAAAUAUGUUUAUAUACGUUUGGCAGGUUUGAUGUAAAUCUAUUUUACUUAUUCAGUUUUACAAAUUUUACCAUUUUCUAAACUUAUAACCACAAUCACGUCUUUUUUCACCUUUUUUUCUCUGGCGGGGAUGUAGUUGAUAACAUUUCCGACAACACAUGAAUCCCUCAUAAGCGUUUUUAAGUUGUGGACGAGUAUCUUGACUAGAGAGCCAUUUUUUUUAAUCCAAUCCGAUACCGAUACCUGGGCUGAGCUUAUUGGCCAAUAUCCGAUACCGAUUCAGUAAUGCUGUCAAAUGAAUGACUUGUAUUCUUUGCCCUGUGAGUGAAGGCAUCAGGCUUGUCAUUAGCAAACUAACACAGAUAUACACUCACCGGCCACUUUAUUAGGUACACCAUGCUAGUAACGGGUUGGACCCCCUUUUGCCUUCAGAACUGCCUCAAUUCUUCGUGGCAUAGAUUCAACAAGGUGCUGGAAGCAUUCCUCAGAGAGCUUGGUCCAUAUUGACAUGAUGGCAUCACACAGUUGCCGCAGAUUUGUUGGCUGCACAUCCAUGAUGCGAAUCUCCCGUUCCACCACAUCCCAAAGAUGCUCUAUUGGAUUGAGAUCUGGUGACUGUGGAGGCCAUUUGAGUACAGUGAACUCAUUGUCAUGUUCAAGAAACCAGUCUGAGAUGAUUCCAGCUUUAUGACAUGGCGCAUUAUCCUGCUGAAAGUAGCUCAUCCUCAGAAGUUGGGUACAUUGUGGUCAUAAAGGGAUGGACAUGGUCAGCAACAAUACUCAGGUAGGCUGUGGCGUUGCAACGAUGCUCAAUUGGUACCAAGGGGCCCAAAGAGUGCCAAGAAAAUAUUCCCCACACCAUGACACCACCACCACCAGCCUGAACCGUUGAUACAAGGCAGGAUGGAUCCAUGCUUUCAUGUUGUUGACGCCAAAUUCUGACCCUACCAUCCGAAUGUCACAGCAGAAAUCGAGACUCAUCAGACCAGGCAACGUUUUUCCAAUCUUCUAUUGUCCAAUUUCGAUGAGCUUGUGCAAAUUGUAGCCUCAGUUUCCUGUUCUUAGCUGAAAGGAGUGGCACCCGGUGUGGUCUUCUGCUGCUGUAGCCCAUCUGCCUCAAAGUUCGACGUACUGUGCGUUCAGAGAUGCUCUUCUGCCUACCUUGGUUGUAACGGGUGGUUAUUUGAGUCACUGUUGCCUUUCUAUCAGCUCGAACCAGUCUGGCCAUUCUCCUCUGACCUCUGGCAUCAACAAGGCAUUUCCGCCCACAGAACUGCCGCUCACUGGAUAUUUUUUCUUUUUCGGACCACUCUCUGUAAACCCUAGAGAUGGUUGUGCGUGAAAAUCCCAGUAGAUCAGCAGUUUCUGAAAUACUCAGACCAGCCCUUCUGGCACCAACAACCAUGCCACGUUCAAAGUCACUCAAAUCACCUUUCUUCCCCAUACUGAUGCUCGGUUUGAACUGCAGGAGAUUGUCUUGACCAUGUCUACAUGCCUAAAUGCACUAAGUUGCCGCCAUGUGAUUGGCUGAUUAGAAAUUAAGUGUUAACGAGCAGUUGGACAGGUGUACCUAAUAAAGUGGCCGGUGAGUGUAGAUUUACUUCAUAUUAUUUAUUAACAAAUAAGUUGCACAUUAGCACACAGCAAAAAGAAGGAAGAUUUCCAUGUAUUAAAAGAAAUAAAAGACUGGAUAGGAAACGCUGGAUCGGCAUCAUUCAUCCAACAUACGAUCCAGUAAAUUUGUCAAUAUCAGAGCCGAUAUCUGAUCCAAAUAUCGGAUUGGUGCAUCCCUAAUCUUGACAUCUCUGUUAUCUUCGACUCAAAUGAGAACUAGCUACCUUAGAUCAUGUUUAAAACAACAUUAACUAGUUCAUUGUGGAGCUAGAUUACCUCUCAACUACGCCCCCGUGAUUUAUUGUUAGAUUUACAGCUAUUUAAAUUUUUUGAACCACAACAUUUUGGCUUUAAUAAAUCGUUAUUUUUGUUUGAGUUGGUCUUGUGUCUCUUUGAACGGCUCAUCCUCAGUUGAGCUAACUUGACAGUAAAAAUGAAGAGAGCCAGAAGCAGCGGUGAGAAUGAGGAGGCUCCCCGGCAGAACGGCUCAUCCAGCCGGAGACAAUCAGAAAACAGCGACGUAGAGGAUGGUGAGCAAGCUUUCGGCCUCGGAGACCUGGGGGAGGACGACAACGACGCGAGCCGGAGGAGAGAAAUCCGGAGCAAAUACAGAGACCUGAUCAACACCAUCCAGCGUGAGAGAGGAGGCUGACAGCAUUUGUGUUUGUGUUGUUGUUAUUGAUCACUCAUGUUUAUCCUUUUUUAUGUUUUUCUUUUCAGAGGAGAGGGAGGAUAUGGUGAGUCUCACCAACAACAGACUCACUGAAGUUUUAGAAGAAGCAAACAACCUUUUUAAAGAUGGUGAGUGUCAAAAAAUAAGCUUUCAGGUGUUAGGUGAAGUUUGCAGUGUGACUCAUCAAGAGACAUGCUGGAUUAUUAUUAUAUUAACAAACAUUACUGGGCCGUAUUUCAGUGAUGCACAGAUGCAUCUCAAUAUAUAAGAAUAUCAUGAAAAACUUCUGUUUUUAUUACUUUCAAAAGCAGCACAUUCCAACAAAGUUAUAGACACACAACACAUAGACUAAAUGUGAACAUACCCUGAUCACAUCCUGGAUCUACUUUUAAAAACACUAACAAAGACCAUCUCCUUCAGACUCAGAGCAAAUCCCAGGCUGUAGGAGCAGCUACUACAACUCUUUCUCCUCCUUAUGAGACGAACUCUGGGGACAGAAAGCACAUUUUAGUGUCAUAAACAGGUCACAGAACUGAGACUGUUGUAUCUGGUAUUUUUCAUCUUCUUAACAUUGAUUGUAUUAGCCUUAAUGUACCAAUACUGAUGAUAACUGUCUUUUAAAAAUAAAAAAGAAAUAUUGAUAAUGUGCUAAAAAAUAACCCUACUGUAGUACCAUGAUUUCUUAGUCGUGGUCCUUUACAUUAUUUGCAAGACAAAAUAGAACAGAGGAUAGACGAAGAAGCAGCAGCAGCAACUAAAGAGUUAGAACUAACAUUCCUCUGAGAGACGCUUUUAAAAACAGACAUUUAAGAUUUAUAGUGUGGCUGAAAACAAUUCACAGCUUGGAAUCUGCUAAACAUAACGCUUAAUAACUUUUGUUUUAGUUGUUUUCAUUCAGCUCUAUUUAUAGUAACUGUUUGAGUUUCCUGAUUAAGUUUAUGAAGUAACAUGUUGCCUUCCUUUUCCCACUUUGACUGAUUGCUUUUUUUUUCUGAAUGUUCCAUGAUAUUGAUGUUAUUGUAAUAUCCUAUGGUUAUGAUAAUAAUAAUGAGGUGAAAGUCUGAUAUCUUGACUCACGCUCAGGCUGGUUUCCUCUCUGAUCCUUUCAGUCCGGCGGGCGCGGGAAGCGGCUCUGGAUGCUCAGCUCCUCGUCGUGGCCACAGAUCUGGGGAAGGAGAAAGCCAGCCGUUUGUUUUCAGAGGGCACUGCCUUCGACACCACAGCUUAUACCGAGCACCUGGUAGGUGAGAUUUAAAGGAGUGAAUCCGUCUGGAGAGAUUUGUUUCCUCAAACCUGAAACCUCGCUGUGGUAACAGUAUGAUGUCUCUGCUACUCCCUUAGCUGUCCUUUAUGGGUCUGAACCGACUUGAGGACGGGCAGCAGAACGGAGGUGUGGAUGGAUACCUGCCUCAGGACGCCUGGCACAGACUGGCCCAGAGAGCACAGAGCUGUUUCAGGACGGCGCCCUCCUUCCACUUCAUGUAAGCGCUUCGGUGUGUCGUGACCCUGUUAGACUGAUAACACACACCUUCGAUGGGAAAAGCAUCAUGCUGAUACCACAGGAUGGAAUAUAGAUGUUUUAUUUGGAGAGGGAGGUGGAGCGUAAAUCACUCAAACCUCCUGCUGUCUCGUUUUGUCACAGUUUUUUUUUAAACUUAUUUGUGUAGUCCAAACAGAUCUGCUCCCAUAGUUUGUAUUUUCUCCGGGUUACAACUGUCCCUAAAUCGUGGCCUCUCUCUCUUCUUUCCCUCAGGAGGGGCUCGUUCCAUGCAGAGCCCCCUCCUCCAAGACAAAGAAUAGAGAGGCAGAGAAAGGCACCGAGCAAAGAGGCAAAGAGGAUCAUGCCCACUGAGGUACUAAACUGAAAGGUUUCAUGAAUUUAACUCCAUGAAAAAAAGUCAAAACAGACUCCUUACUUUUCACAUCAAUAAGAAAUGAAUUUUCCCCUCUCAGCUGAAGAAGAUGGAGGACUCCCAGCAGGAUGAGACAGUGAAAGAGGUGGAGAGGAUCCUGGCAUACCUGAAGGGUUAUCACAAAGAUGAUCGUGAGUUCACAGUCGGCCCACGGACUAUAAGACGUUAACUCUCUGUUAUUUCCUGUUAACGUUUCUCUGUUUCUCCCUCAGCUACAUCACCAAUAUCAUACUAUGAGUUCGUCAUUGACCCAGACUCGUUCUCCCGGACGGUGGAGAACAUUUUCCACACGUCUUUUCUGAUCAGGGUGAGCUGCAUGUGCCUCAUGAACUGGUUCAGAUUUGUUGAAGUGGGCUGUCUGACGUACUUCUGAAUGGGUUUAACUGCACUACCUGUUAGUCGGAGCACCAACAUCAGGGUCUAAACUCUCUGCUUUCAUGAGUAUUGUCUGGAAAAGUUACUUGAGUCACUUUAGAACGAAAUUCCAUCCAGAAAUAUUGACAGGUCUUCAAGUCUUUGCUGUACUUGCGAACAUCAUCAGCUCUUUAUCUCAGUCUCACUACUUUUACUGAAUUUUACAACAUCUAAUUCACACAUCGUGGAGUUCUCCUCCCAGUUAGAUCCCGCCUCUCUAAAGACGAGCUGACUGUAUUCUGGUGAAGGUGUUUCACUCUGUCUAGACGUGGAGUCUCAUGGGACUCCACUUACAAAAAUCUAGACCAGCUCCUGGAGUUUAUUUUAAUGGAGCUUGUCCGCCCUCUCGUGGCUGUCAGUGAGUAUGACAGUGUUGUUUCUGUUGUUGCAGGAUGGUUUGGCACGGAUGUAUCUGGAUGAAGAUAAGCUGCCUUGUAUAGGUGAGGAUGGUUUUUGUUAUUUAUGUAGAUAUUCGGAAAGCUGCCUGACUUCAGGAGAGUAUUUUUAACCUGUGUUGUUAUUUUUUUUCGUUUCUCAGCGCCCGUAGAGGAGGGGGAGGCAGAGGCUGCAGAAUCAUCCAACCGUAAACAGGGCAUUGUGUCCAUCAACCCAAAGAUAUGGAAGGUUUGCUCAAAGAGGACUAAACCUGUUAAAAAGACAAAGAGGAAAACAAGAAAUUCAAGUUAUAUGGGGUUCAAAACUUAACUGUGAUCGUUUUUGUUUCCAGGAGCUCAUAGACGCCUUCGACAUCACGGCCACCAUGAUUCCUCAGAGCGAGUGACCAUGCUGGUGCAGAAACAGAGUUUUUUAAGUGAAGCCCUGCUUUUUUACAUUUGUUAAUAAUAUUGUCAAACUAUUCCUUAGAUUCAGGGCCUGGUAUGUACAUUUUAUUUUAAUUUUUUACUGUUUUUAGGAGAUUAAAUAAUAAAAGGAGAAGGAGACAGUGUUUGUAUUUGUCCCACAUGUUUUAAACAUACAGCUGAACAUUACUGAUAUCACAUUUUACCAUGUAGAAAGUCCUAUAUUUAAUAUUCGUCAUAUUGAGAUGGUUACACAGAAGACGUUUGUCAAUAAAAAGAAAAUGAGUGAAGACAGAGAAA